AUGGUCUCCUACCUCUUUGGGGACGAGCCUGGUGUAUCCAAGAUUGUGGAAAUAUUUGUGGUUGUCAUCUGGCUCAUAGACAGCGUAGUUCUGUUCAUUGCCACGCGCGGUAUCUUUUCGAAAAUAGCGACUGCAUUCUUCACCUCAGCGAUAGCCUUGAACUACCUCGUAGGCUCGGGCGGCACCGGCGUGACCGAUGUUCAUCAAUAUGCAGAAGGUAAUCACUACUUCACGGGAUCAGCCGCUUUCAAAAGCCACGUCAUGCCAGAAUAUGACUCCCAAGAGCGGCAGACAGGGCAACGUCCAUCUCUUCCUUGGGGGUAUAAGGCGGCGUAUCUCAUUGCAAAAUGGACACAUCGCAUGCUUGACUCGCUCAACCCGGACGAGUGCAUGGAAAGAGACGUGAAUAUUUUUGCCCACUAG